AUGGAAGAACUAAAGAAACUUAAUAGUGAAGCAUAUGACUGGCUUAAUUCUAUUCCACCUAAGCACUGGUCCAAAUCCCACUUCUCAGGGAGGGCACAUUGUGAUGCUUUGUUGAAUAAUAUGUGUGAGAGUUUGAAUAGCAAGAUAGUGAAGGGUCGUGAUAAGCCAAUUAUCAGUUGCUUGGAGUUUAUUAGGGAGUAUAUCAUGAGGAAAAUUGUCAUGGUUCAAAAAGAAAUUGAUAAAGCUAAUGGCCCAUUAACUCCUACAGCCACUAAGACCCUUGAAAAAAUUAAAGAAAAGGCAGUACAGUGUAGGGCAGUGUUCUGUGGCAAUGGGAAGUACCAGGUUACAAGUGAAGGUACUAAUCAGUAUGUGGUUAAUAUGGACCAACAAACUUGUUCAUGUAACAGGUGGGAACUGACAGGCAUACCCUGCAAACAUAGUAUAGCAGCUAUAUGGGAUAUGAGGCUCAACAAUGAAAAUGUUGGAAUACCUGAGACAUGGGUACACCCAACUUAUUGGCUCAAGACUUGGAAAGAAAUGUAUGUCUUCAAAGUUGAACCUAUUAAUGGGAGGUUUUUGUGGGAAAAAAGCACAUAUCCUACCAAGUUGAUACCACCAAAGUAUCGUGUCCCUAUUGGCAGACCAAAAAAAAGAGAAGAAGAUCUGCAACAGAAGAUGAUGGAGUGUCCACAAAUGGAAAUCUGUAACAUGCACAAAAUGUGGAAAUGUGGGCCAUAA